CCUCGACCUCAUGCAUGAGGCUUCCAAGUUCCAGGACAAUCUUUCAAGAGAGGUUCAAGGGCGAGCUUUUCAGCAGAUCUUUGAAGUUUGCUUCGAUUUGCGCUCUAUUGCGUCCCAUCCCAGCUCAGGACAUGGCCGCUCUUGCCUGCCACGCCACCACCUCCGUUGCAUUGAGCCGGCCCUUGUUCCAAAGUGCGCGAUCGUCAUCAAGUGCUGCAGCUGCCAUUAGCCACAUUGGCUUCUGUCCAGCUUCUUCGUUCGUUCCUCUGACAAACUUUCCGGGUGUACGUACGCAGCAGAAAGCAGUGCUGGAGUUGAGAAAGAUGUCGACAGCGCCCCAAGCUGCCCUCAAGGAGGUGGUGAAGACAGACAAGGCUCCUGCCGCGCUUGGACCCUACUCUCAAGCAAUCAAAGCUGGCAACACGCUCUACUUGUCAGGGAUCCUUGGCCUCAUUCCUGAGACAGGGAAGUUUGCCGGCGAGACAAUUGCCGAGCAAGCCGAGCAGGUUAUGAAGAACAUGGGGGAGAUUUUGAAGGCUGGCGGCUGCGACUACAGCAACGUGGUGAAAACGACGAUCCUGCUGGCGGACUUGGCCGAUUUCCAAACAGUGAAUGGUAUCUACGGCAAGCACUUCCCUGAGAACCCUCCCGCUCGCUCCACCUUUCAAGUAGCACGGCUGCCACUAGAUGCUAGACUAGAAGUAGAAGCGAUAGCAAUUGUUCAAUAGUUCGUUUCAAUUGCUAUGGGAUAGCGAUUUCGCAGACGUGGAACAUGUUGCAUUGGCGCUAGCGGCUCACUGAUUUUGGAUCCUGCUGAUGCUUCAGAGAGGCUUUUUGCAAACCACCACUAGUUAUGUGCCAUUCCUGGGGGUCAAUAUAACCGAGUGGUUCAAAAGAGCCAUAGUUUUAAUUGUCGGAAAGUUUUUCAGGUUUACUUGCGAUAGGCACUUUUGGCGGGCAGGCGGCCGCUUGUACAUAGCCGUUUAAGCAUAAUGAUGUCAAUGAAAAGUGCGAUGUGGUG